AAAGUCAUAAUAAAAUUUAAAUAAAAUUUAAGAAAAAAAAAACACAGAAUUUUUCUUUAAUUUCGAAAAAAAUGUGUUAUAAAAUCACAACCGCUCACAUUGACUGUAAAGAGGAUAAUAUUAAAAAGGUUUCAUUAUUAAUGAUACAUUGUCGGGGAUUAUGUGAACAGGACUAUUGGGGCCGUACACCUUUACACUUGGCUAUAAUUUACAAAAGUCAGGCAACACUAAAAAUCUUUCAAAAUGCGCUGCAAAAGGAAAUUUCACCACAAAAUCUUAAAAAUAAUAAUAAUAUAAAUAAAAAUUUAAAAUUUAUCAAAAAUUUAAAAAAACUUUUUAAAAUUUACGAUCAUGAUGGUGAUACGAUACUGCAUAAAGCUGUUAAAUAUAAUUUAACAAAAAUCGUUGAGUUUUUAUUGAAAUUUUGUAAAAAGUUUAACAUAAAUGUGAACAACUAUGAAGUAUUGGGUUCUGGUGAUUCAAUUCUACAUUUGGCGAUCGUAGAGAAUCUUUUGAAAAUGACAAAAAUAAUUAUCGAAAUUAAUCCCUCACUGAGAUAUGUACGAAAUUAUGCAGGUAAUUUGCCGCAGGAUGCGAAAAAUUUAUCAAUGGAAAUGCAAAUGUUAUUCUUGGACAGUGGCGAGAGGUAACUAAAGACGAGUUCAAAGUGAUGUAAGGUUUAGUGUAAUUAAUAAAAAAUUUCUGUCCUUAUUAUUUAUUUUUAAUUGUAUCAAUGAUUUUUAUUAAUAAAUAAGUAAAAGUAAACGAUUUAAAAAUAUAUUCUUAUUGCGGGAACAACGCCCCCUCCUCC